UCCUUGUUUUUGGUCUGUGGUUUUCCUGUACUUACUGAAAUACAGUACCUAACCUCAUUAUUUACAUUUUACUCAAAAACUACUUUAAAUAAUAGCGUCUCGCGAAUCAAAGAGUACAUGGUACACUGUAUACUUAUUGAAUAUGCGAAUAUGUGUCCGAAUACCUCGACAUUGGUUUUUUAAGUGUUGCAAAAAAUGAAUGGCGCUGUAAAUAACGAAGUGACCAUGGAUACCACUGAAACGUUAAUGGGAACCAAAAGCGAUAACGAAGGAGCUACUACUACCAGCACCUCUGACAUCCAUACAAUGGAAGUAGAAGUUGACUUUAGCCACCAAGAUCAAGAUGGUCAAACUAUCUCUGACUGUGACCGUUUAGGAGGUGUUUGCGGGCCAUAUUUCAACUGUCCAUGCUCCAUACACAGUAAGACCACUGUCAGUGAUGAUGAAGAUCAGCCGCUGACAGAUUUUUUCAUUAAUAGAACUAAUAGCAUAGACAAUAUUGAAACACAGUCCUUACAAGAUGCAGAAUCUCAAGACACACAUAGAAAAGAUAAUCAAACCAAUGGUGACAUAUUUCCGAAUGGGGAGAUAUGCAUCUAUGGGGAUGUAUCAAACAAUAGUGAAAAUAACAAAGAUGGCAGCCAAAGUUCGCUGGAUCAACGGCAUGGUGUAAACGUAAAGCUCUAUGCAGAAGAUAAAGGCCCAAAAUUGUAUCCCAUAAAUUCUAACGUAGUAACUGAGCCGAUAAUAACAAAGAACUUGCCUGAAGUGUUCAAGUUUCUACCCAUAUUUGGAACACCUAAGAACCCAGAGGAUUUAGAACAGUUCCAGAAUGCAAAAGUUAGAGAAUAUGUUGGCUGUGAUCUAAGCGAUGAUGAGUUUAGUAAGCUCGCUAAUUUUUGCAGCCCAGAACAUUUAAAAACUGGCAAUGAACUGAGGAUGUCGACCAGCUACCCCAAACAGGAGCCCCUGCCGGAGCACAUCGCGCAGACUCUGCAGAUCAGCGAGCUGGGGCAGAACCUGUGCCUGGUGAAGAAGCUGAAACUGCGCAUAGACAAGGACACGAGGAAAUUGUACACUAAGAGGCUUAUUUACAGGGGCAUCAAAGUGAUUCCUGUAACACAGAACAUAGACACAAAGGUACCGUUUUCCCCACUGGAGCCGGGCAAGGAUCUAGUGUUUCGAGUGCGCGUGUACCGACCCUUCUACAGCCAUGGAAGAGACCGCAAUCACACGCGGCACUCGGUAUUCACUAACGACAUCGUGCUGCUAGGGCGGCAGAAGUUGACCGUGCUGCGCGAUCGCCUGGUGUGCUCCAACGACGAGGGCAUGCGGGUGGACAUGUCGCUCAACCCGGAAGCCACGCCCGCCGCAUCGGCCAAGGUGAACAGCCGGUAUCUGUAUUGCAGCACACGGCACUCGGUAUUCACUAACGACAUCGUGCUGCUAGGGCGGCAGAAGUUGACCGUGCUGCGCGAUCGCCUGGUGUGCUCCAACGACGAGGGCAUGCGGGUGGACAUGUCGCUCAACCCGGAAGCCACGCCCGCCGCAUCGGCCAAGAACGUAUUCCCAUCUGGUUUCCUGUUCAUAAACAACGCGUUCUACGUGGACACUCGCGAGGGCUGCAAGGACCACUCUGCGCCCAUACGGAAGUGGGCCAGCUCGCGGCGCCUGGGCGACUUCCCCAGCUACGAUAUGACGCAGGUCACAGUGGACCAGCUGCUUGUCCGCCUGGGGCAUCCUGAGGUAUACGUGCACCAGGGCAACUGCGAACACCUCUUCACAUUCUCCGAGGUGCGGCUGCUCAACUCGCACGACCCCCUACGCCAAUCCGUGUUCCCCUUCCACAGCGCCGUCGCGCAACACCAGACCCUGUACUGCACCACUUGCGCCGAGUUUGGGGCCAAGUGGAUCGUCACGGGGUGCUCGAGAGUGCCGUUCGACCCCGCGUUCUUCUGUGAAAUCUGUUUCAAGCUAUACUUGUAUAAGGAUGGUGAAAAAGUUUGCGAUUUCAAAGCUUAUUGCUAUAGGGGUAAUUUGAUUAACCUUUUGAAGCCGGUUUAGUGAAAGUCAGAGCAUUGUCUGGCAGUAGGGUAAUAUGAUAUAAGGAAUUCUUUGGCUAAGAUCUAUCGAGGGUUCUUUGACUUUGCCUGCACAGCGAUUUUUAUUCGAGCGAUUUAUAUUCCGCCUACGGAAUUUCACAUGCCCGCACUGGAAUGCGGUGAGCGUCAUGCAACUCCAUACCGCACAAAAUAUUCGCGCGAAUUCAAUACCGCAAUUUGUAUCAAAUUACGGUCAUUUUUUCCGCGCGAAUUUUGAAUCGCAGUGCGGGCAUCUCUAUAUUAUUAUUUUUAAGUAUAAUUAUACAAAUAUUUCUUUUUGUAUUGAUUGCCCCCGUAAUUUUCCUGAAGUUUAUACUUUAUAAUGUGCCUUGUCUACCUUAUCGUCUGUUUUGAAGACAGGACAUAGGCAAAAGACAAUAUGACGUAUUAUGAUUUAAGUAUGUAUAUUUCUGUGAUGUUAAACUAAAUAAACAAUUCAAAUUAUA